GUUUCCAGAAAUAGAAGGAUUUUAUAAUUGAUCACCUGGACUCUCAGCCGCACUGUUGGCUUAUCAGGGGAGCUUAUUGGGGGGCAGGUGGGAGUGAGAGGAGGGCGGGGGGUUUCGGUACGAGGACGAUGAGGAAGAUGCGGACCCUCCUUCGCUUUGUGCAUUGCUGCUGCUGCUGCUUCUUGCUCCUCCAGCCUCCGCCGCUCUGGGUCAGCCUCGCAGCGGCUAAGCAGCUCCUGAAGUACCGGCUGGCCGAGGAGGGACCCGCCGACAUCCGCAUCGGCAACGUGGCUUCCGACCUGGGGAUCGUGACGGGCUCUGGAGAGGUGACAUUCAGCCUGGAGUCGGGCUCCGACUAUCUCAAGAUCGAUAACAUGACCGGGGAGCUGAGCACCACAGAGCGGCGCAUCGACCGCGAAAAGCUGCCGCAGUGCCAGAUGAUCUUCGACGAGAACGAGUGCUUCUUGGACUUCGAGGUGUCGGUCAUCGGCCCCUCGCAGAGCUGGGUGGACCUCUUCGAGGGCCGGGUCAUCAUCCUGGACAUCAACGACAACACCCCCACUUUCCCUUCCCCCGUCCUCACGCUCACCGUGGAGGAGAACCGGCCCGUGGGGACCCUCUACCUGCUCCCCACCGCCACCGACAGGGACUUCGGCCGCAACGGCAUCGAGCGCUACGAGCUGCUGCAGGAGCCCGGCGGGGACGGCGGCCGGCGCGGCGGCGGGGGGGGCGCGGCGGCGGCGGCCCCCGAGAGCGCCCCCUUCCCCGGCGGCAGCAAGCGGCGGCAGGAGGCGGAGGCGGCGGCCCGCAGCAGCGUCUUCGAGCUGCAGGUGGCCGACACCCUGGACGGGGAGAAGCAGCCGCAGCUGAUCGUCAAGGGGGCGCUGGACCGGGAGCAGCGGGACUCCUACGAGCUCAGCCUUCGCGUGCGGGACGGCGGCGACCCGGCGCGGUCCUCGCAGGCCAUCCUGAGGGUGCUGAUCACCGACGUGAACGACAACAGCCCCCGCUUUGAGAAGAGCGUCUAUGAGGCCGACCUGGCAGAGAACAGCAGCCCUGGGACCCCGAUCCUGCAGCUGCGAGCCACCGACCUGGACGUGGGAGUGAAUGGACAGAUCGAGUAUGUCUUCGGGGCGGCCACGGAGUCCGUCAGGCGCCUGCUGCGGCUGGACGAGACCUCGGGCUGGCUCAGCGUCUUGCACCGCAUCGACCGGGAGGAGGUGAACCAGCUUCGCUUCACUGUCAUGGCCCGAGACCGGGGCCAGCCCCCCAAGACAGACAAGGCCACUGUCGUGCUGAACAUCCGGGAUGAAAAUGACAACGUGCCCACCAUUGAUAUCCGGAAAAUUGGGCGCAUCCCGCUCCGGGAUGGGGUGGCAAGCGUGGCCGAGGAUGUGCUGGUGGACACCCCCAUUGCCUUGGUGCAGGUGUCAGACCGGGACCAAGGUGAAAAUGGUGUGGUGACCUGCACCGUGGUAGGCGAUGUGCCCUUCCAGCUCAAACCAGCCAGUGAGGGUGAAGGGGAGCCACAGAAUAAGCGCAAGUACUUCCUCCACACCUCGGCCCCUCUGGAUUAUGAAGCUGUCCGUGACUACAAUGUUGUGAUUGUGGCUGUGGACUCAGGCAGCCCCAGCUUGUCCAGCAACAACUCCUUGCUGGUGCGAGUCGGGGACACUAAUGACAACCCUCCCAUGUUCAGCCAGGCCGUGCUGGAGGUCUCCUUUCCAGAGAACAACUUGCCUGGAGAGAGGGUGGCCACAGUGGUUGCCACAGAUGCGGACAGUGGCAAGAAUGCUGAGAUCACCUAUUCCUUGGAGGCCUCGCCCCUCUCCUCAGAGACACCGGGCAGCAUCUUCAGCAUUGACCCUGACUCUGGGGAUGUGUCGGUGCAGGCAGUGCUGGACCGUGAGCAGCGGGACACCUAUGAAUUUCAGGUGACGGCCCGGGACAAGGGGGUGCCAUCACUGCAGGGCUCCACCACAGUGGUGGUGCGAGUGUCAGACCGCAACGACAACGAGCCGCGCUUCAUGCAGGACGUAUUCACCUUCUAUGUGAAAGAAAACCUGCAGCCCAACAGCCCCGUGGGCAUGGUGACUGUGAUGGACUUUGACAAGGGCCGCAACGCUGAGCUCAGCCUCUCCAUUCAGCCUGGAGACCACGAACAAGCAGCUGGCAUCUUCUCCAUUGAGAAUGACACUGGAACCAUUUUCUCCACAGUCUCUUUUGACCGUGAGCAGCAGACCAGCUACACCUUUAAGGUGAAGGCAGUGGAUGGGGGUGAGCCACCACGCUCUGCCACAGCCACCGUGUCUCUCUUUGUGAUGGAUGAGAAUGACAAUGCACCCACUGUCACCUUCCCCAGCAACAGCUCCUACACUGUGCUGCCACCCUCCAGCAACAUGCGCACCGUGGUGGCCACAGUGGUCGCCACUGAUGCUGACACCGGUCUCAAUGCUGACCUCAACUACAGCAUUGUUGGGGGCAACCCCUUCAAACUCUUUGAAAUAGACCCGGCCAGUGGUGUGGUGUCACUGGUGGGCAAGUUGGCCCCCAAGCACUAUGGCCUGCACCGCCUGGUUGUGCAGGUGAAUGACAGUGGGCAGCCGCCCCAGUCCACCACUGCCCUGCUCCAUGUCUUUGUCAAUGAGAGCCUGUCCAACGCCACUGUGGUGGAGAGCCAGGUGGCUCGCAGCCUUCACACCCCACUGGCCCAGGACAUUGCUGGUGAUCCCAGCUACGAGCUGAGCAAGCAGCGGCUUAGCAUAGUCAUUGGUGUGGUGGCUGGCAUCAUGACCGUCAUCCUUCUUAUCCUCGUGGUGGUCAUGGCCCGCUACUGCCGAUCCAAGGGCAAGCAUGGCUACGAGGCUGGCAAGAAGGACCAUGAGGAUUUCUUCACUCCCCAGCAGCACGACAAGGCCAAGAAGCCCAAGAAGGACAAGAAAGGCAAGAAGGGCAAGCAACCCCUCUACAGCAGCAUUGUUACCGUUGAGGCUUCCAAGCCCAAUGGACAGCGCUAUGACAGCGUGAACGAGAAGCUCUCGGACAGCCCUGGCAUGGGCCGGUAUCGCUCGGUCAACGGUGGCCCGGGCAGCCCUGACCUGGCCAGGCACUACAAGUCCAGCUCACCACUGCCCACAGUCCAGCUGCACCCACAGUCUCCCACUGCUGGCAAAAAGCACCAGGCCGUGCAGGACCUACCCCCAGCAAACACCUUCGUGGGCGCUGGCGACAACAUCUCCAUCGGCUCGGACCAUUGCUCCGAGUACAGCUGCCAGGCCAGCAGCAAGUACAGCAAGCAGGUGGAUACAGUGCAGACCACGCAGCACCCUGGCCACAUUGAGGAAUCAUGUAAAAUGAAUCCAUUUCGUAGAGUGACGUUUUCUGUUGUGAGUCAGCCUCAGGACCCGCAUCAAGGGUCAUUGCAGAGUUGCUAUGACAGCGGUCUGGAGGAGUCAGAAACACCAAGCAGUAAGAGUUCAUCAGGGCCAAGACUGGGUGCCCUUCCACUCCCAGAGGACAACUACGAAAGGACUACGCCGGAUGGCAGUGUUGGUGAGGCAGAGCAUAUGGAAAAUGAAUCAGUUCCCAAUCUGCGUACUCAGAGUGUGAUCAGCUCUGAAUUCAGACUGAGCCCUGAUCUGGACUGUGUUCAACUGGACCUUGAAAAUCUCCUAGGAACAGAUUCCAGAACCUCACUGGGGUACUUUCUCUGAUGUUGAUAUCUUCAGUUAUGAUAUUUUCCCUUUCACACAGUCAGAACUUCCUCUGUCUCACUAUAUAACCCCCACCUCUUGGCCUCCCACAGUGCAUUCCAGUGAAAAGCCUCACACUUCUCAGUAACUUUAAGAUCUCCAGCAAGUUAACUUAUGUUUUUAGUAGUAAAACUUCAAUUCGCUUAGGUAUUUAUUAUUUGCAAGCAAAGGUUUUGUUCUGAAGUUCAGGAGGGGGGAAAUUACUUGGUUUAUGAACUAAACCAUCCUUUGACUUCUUCAGUCAAAUAACUUGCUGAUUUUCCAUAAUGCGGAUUGAAGCUGUGUUGAGAUUUUCUUUCCUGCUUAUUCCUAGAGUCUUGUGGAUUGUUAAAGUAUCAUCUGUAGCAUAUUAAGCAGCAGUUGGUCAAUAGGUUAUGCACUGAAACACGUCAUCAGGUUGCUACAGUGCAGAUUAUUCUUGGUCAUCAGAGAGAACACAGAUUUCAGAGUUCCUUGUCAAAAAACCCCACACAGUUAAUGAACCAUGUUUCAAUUUUCAUGGCCUUCACUGCAUUAUUACCAGCUAAUGGGUUGCAGGAAAUUGCAGUCAGGUUAUUUGUUUAGCCGAACCUGAUCCACAUUCAAUAUAGUUCGUGUUGGUUUAUCUUUAAGGUCAGAUGGACAUUUUCUGAAAUGUCCUAAUUAUAUCAGCAUUCACUGGGGUAAUUUUGUUUAAUUGUAUUUUGCUUUUCCUGUUUCGUUUUUUUUUAAUUUUUUUGUUUAUAAUUUUGUUUGUUUUGGUUUUGGGGAGUUUGUUUUUGUUUGGGUUUUUUGUAAGUUUUUGGUUUUUUUCUUUUUUUUUGGUAUAUUUUAAAAAAUUAUUAAUAAACCUUCACAUAUGAAGGAGAUAUAUGAGUAUGAAUGUAGUAGUGAUGAUAAGUUAUUGUAAUCUGAUGUAAUAAACAUUACACAAAUUCAAAUUUUCUUAAUUUUUGUGUGUUAUUCUAGUUUUCCUAUUGAGCCCACUACAUUAAGUAAUAAUAUUUAAGAGUUUUAGAGAAAUAAUUUCAUAAUAGAUUCUACAGAUUGAUAACUAGUUCCCUGACAUAGGUAGCCUUUGGUCUAACACUUUUUCCUCUUUAUAGAAAAAAAAAGGUAGGUGAGUAAUUUCUUCCUCAGUUAAAUCAUAGAAUUUCUUCAUUUUCCAAUCUAGAGAUAUCGGAAGUCAUUUUGCAAUAUUGUCCAAGGUGUCUGGACGAUCCUGGCAGGGCCGUGAUGGGAUUCUUGGGACUGUCCUGUGCAGAGACAUUAGCUGGGCUCAAUGAACAUUCUGGAUUCUUUCCAACUCAGGAUAUUCUCAAUUCUAUGGUUUUCUGGAUGAGGAUUUUCAGCUUAUAUGCAUGAGAAGAUAAGCCUUUCAGGACCAUAUAAUGCUGACCCAAGUUUUAUCUGGUUAAAGCCACUGUGUUGCAUUUUUUGCAUGACGUGAGUUAGUGUGUUAAUAAAAAUUCAGCCAUCUCCUGUUCCGUCUUUUUGAUGAGUUGGCAGUUAAAAGGCUUGAAAUUAGGUGUGGCAGAUGCAAAAUAAGUUCUUAUCAUUAAAUUGAGAAAGAAAAUUAACUGCCAAGAUUUUUGUGCUUACAGAUAAAAAGAAGUAGAAUAUUCUUGUGAAAGAAGAGAUAGAGGCCUCAUAUGAACAUUUGUAAUUGUAGAGCUAGGAACAUCUCUUGCUUGAAGGCUAUUUUGUUAACCCAGUAGGCAUUUCUAGAAUUAUUUUAUGAUAAAUAGUUAUAUCUAGCAACCACUGCUAAGAUUUUUCAAAGAUAUGUAGUUGUUUAUCUCCUUUCUUUAAGUACUCAUCUAUCAUUUGAGUGUCAUUGAUAGCCUCAAAACAACUCAGCUGAAUCUAAUCUUUCAAGCAUUCAAACUCUUAUUGGUGGAUAUAUACAAAGUCAUUAUACUGUUGCUGCCUUCCUAUACCCUUAAGCUCUGGUGUUAGACAAAAUCCCAAAACUGUGAAGAGGAAUUCUCAGAAUGAGUGUUUUCCUUCCCUUUCUUUUCCCUGAUUAAUUUAGCUUGCUUUAAGAUCUUCUAAGAGAUCUGUAUGGGUUUCUCUUGUGCCAGCAUAGAAAAAUGACAAAAGAAUUUAGCUGGAAACACAAACUGGGAUUCAAGAGUUUUUAUUUUUUGCAGAGCCUUGAAAUUCUGACUCCCAAAAACCCCAGGAGUGCCUAAACCACCAAGUGUUAACAAGUAACUGUCUUGAGUAAAGUGAAUAAAAAUCUGCUGCACUGGGAUACAGGAUUCCCCAUCGUUGACUGCUGUAAUCACAGGCAAAUUGUAGUUUCUCUUCCCAGGACUGGGUCAGUAAUAUGUGCUCAACAAGAGUGAGAUGAAGUAAAGAGAAUUUCCCAAGAACAAGGGUUCUGCUAGCCCAGCUGAGAAUCUAGCACUAGGACACUGAUUUCUGCUUUCUCAGUCUUGUCUUUUAUCUUUACUUCAAAGAGUUUGUAUUUUUACCAUAGAACAACAGCACCCAGUAUACAGUCCUUUAUAUUUCCUCAGAUUUUUUUGUAACUUCAUGGUUAGCCCAACCUUCCGUGGUUGUGACAGAUCUUUAUAAAAGUAAAAUAUUAAAUACUUGUGGGUAGACUUUUGCUUUCAUAAAGAGGGUCAAUGGCACUUUUCCCUUUAAUAUGUUUCCUUUUAUCUAUUAAUAUUAUAAUUCCUGAAAAAUACUUACUUUCUUUACACUAUUUAUGAAAGAAUUUCCUUAUCAUAGAAUGGUUUUGGUUGGAAGGGAUUUUAGAGGCCAUCUAGUAAAUCCUACUUAUGAAAGGAUUUCCGUCAUAAACAGCUGAAAAAUCUGCCCUACAAAGGGUUUGGUUGCAAAAUAGAUGCCUAAUUUUUUCUAUCUGAACUUAUAUACUGUGGAAUAAACCAUGAUUUAUUUGCUGAUAUCAGGUUUGAAGGAAACACUUCAUACACUGAGUGUUCUAAAAAAAAAAAAAAAAAAAGAAAAAGUUAAAAAAAGGGGUGUCAUAUUUGGAACAAGAAUAAAAGAACAAAAGUUGUGUCUGAGAAGAGAAAAUUUGAAAGGGAUAAGGAAAGCAGUCAUCUUUCAUUGAUGUACUUCUGUAUGUGGCAUAAACCAGAAGUAAUCAUAAUACUUCUUGUGUCAUUCUUAUUUAGUUUAAUUUUGUAUAUCUCUUUUUUAUUUUAGUUUUCUAGAACAAUUUUUGUAAAAAUAAACUUUUAUGUGUUAAUUGAAUUACAUUUUUUUCUAUUGUGACAUAUAAAGUGUAAUUUCCAAAUUCAACAUUAGAUUUCUUAUUUUACAGACAUGACAGAUGUUCAGCUUCUCAUCAGGCUUAGCAAUAUAACUAUUUUUCAGUUAAAUAAGUUUCUUUUAGCUAUUUUUUAAAGAACAUGUUGUUAAAGAAAGUUCUAGCAGAUCUGACUAUAUUUUUGGUAGCUGAAGUGUUCCUCAUAUAAAGACAGUGCUUAUGUGUUUUCUCUUAAAGGAUAUGAUUUUGCAUUAAAUGAAUAUGUAUUUGAAGAUUAUCCUCUCAUAUUAUUUUUUGAAUAAGAUAGUGCUCUAGAAAGGGAACUGAUCUUGUCCUUUUAAGUAGUAGAAAUUGGCUAAAUAAAGUGUACACUCUGAAAUUAUUAAUGUUGAAUGCACUUUAAAAUGAAAAAUAAAGCUCUAAAGUGUGCAAGUAUUGAAGCUGAAGUCUGAAUUGUAACUUGCUGAUUUCAAAAAAAGCAGAGAGUAAACACUUGAAGAUGAUAAAUUACCAGUCUUGGUAUUCAAAAAAAUUAGUUAAUCUGCGAGUCAAAAAAAUCAACAUAGAGGACCCCAAUCAAAUCAAAAUAGCAUUCACUUGUUAACCAUUGCUGUUCUAGCACCCAGCAGAACCUCAGCCCUUAUGAGCUUCUCUUUAUAAUCACACUGCAUUAUCUGGCCAUCUGCUCUAUCUGCCAGAAGAGCAGCAUUCCUUUGGUGGCCAUUAUUAACAGAUUUCAUGCUUUGUCGUUUAUUUGUGCUGCCUGCUGUCAUCUACAAAUCUUUCUUUCUCAAAAGAAAAGGGGAGGAAACAAAAAAGGGUGGAAAUCCCAACAAUCAAUUACUGAAGGAAGAUUAGCCCAUAUGACUAAAUGAUGCCAUGGGAGUUAUCAAAGAAUUAUUUUUUUUCCCUGUUGCUUUACAGUCAACAAUUUGAAACUAUUUAUCACAGCAGAAAGACUGCCUUCAGUUCAUAACCAGUAACAGAAAAAACACAGUAAGUUAAAGAAAAUUGUAUGUCUUCUUUACUUGCUCUUUCUCCAGCGCCUAUUCCCGAGGAAUCUUCAUAACAUGUAUAUUCCACAGGUGUUUUGCCAUUUCUGGAUAAUCAUCAUGCACAGAAUUUUUCAGCUCUGCUGGGUGUUUUCUGGACACCAGUAAAUCAGUGUGUGUGUAUUGACUUACAAUUCCUCUUUGAAAGUUUUUUUCUCUCAUGGGGAGCUCUGUGCUCUGGAAUCCCAAAAGAUGAAACUAAGCUGAGUAUGUGAACAGGCCAUCCUAGUCUUCAGGGCAAUUACUUAGACUGCUGUGAAAGUUAAGUGUGAAGGAAUUUGGCUUUUUAAUUUCAGGCACUGUUACAAGUUCCUCUAAAUCACAACUAAAGUACAAAUAUAAUCAUCAGAACAGCUCUCUGGCUUUUGUAUUUGUUAUUUCACUGCCAUUCUCUUGAUUUUGGGAAAAAAAUUUGCCGGUUAGUAGCCAUGAGUAUUUGAAACACUAACUCAUGUCAUGUCUGUCAUUUGUCUAAUGUACUUUCCUUCUAGCUCAGUGUAGGCUACGAAACUUGGAUGUGAUCUGCGCAGAAAAAGAAUCCUUCAUGGCAUUCAUACAGCUGUGCUGUAGUUUCAACAGACAGUGGUUUGUACUUGCCAGCUGGAUAGCUAGCAGACAGAUUUUGAGGGCAGACCACCCAGCAUGGUUAAGUAGAUAGAGGAUACAGAAUAAUUUACUAAUCCUCUUUUACAACUCAGCUGUUUUGUUCUCAUCCUUUGGGGGUGUAAAAAAAAAAAAAAAAGGAAAAAAAAAAGAAAAAAAAAAAGAAGUUGUUUUACAGAUUAAUUAUUUUAAAAUUGUGUGCAUUAAAGUUUGGAUAAACUAGCCGUGAUACCUCAGCCCCUCCUAAUGCUUCUGCAGCACCUUGAGAUGUACAUGCAGAAUUUAUGCUGUGCAUGACAAACACAGAUGAAAUAUUUAUUUCAUCUUUAUCUGAGUUGGCAACAUAAUUUCUCCUCUGAUUCACUAAUAUAUCAGACUCUUCCCUGAUAAAAUGCAUUUUUAGUGCUAGUCCUCAAGACAUUACUAGUAUAAAGAAAAAAACUAGGUCAUUUAAUUUUAUCUGAUUACGUUAGUUAUUAAGCUUAUUUAAUUUACUACUAGAAAUUGUUUUGAAGCAGGAGAUGGGCUUGGAUUAGCCUUCAGAUAAAUGACAUCCAAAUCCAGCUCACUGAAUUUGCCAAGUUCUUUCUUCAUGCUAAAGUUAUUGUGAAAUGCCAAAGUAAUAAUAUUUAUGAGCAGCUCUGUACUUGCAUGUGGGAAGGGAACAUCUCAGAUGAUGAUUCCCGUCCCCAUGUCUAUUUUUACUUGUGUAUCCCACAGUUGUUGGAUAAAAUACUAAGAUAACAUGGAACAAGAUCCCGUUUCACUUCCAUUCUUGCCUCUAUGAUAGUCAGAUGUAUUAAUGACUCAUAUGGAACCAUGUUUUGUGUGUUUGCUCUUUCUCUUGCCCAAUUAGAUUGACCUCCUAUAAGCAAUGUCCAAACUUUAGCAAGAGACAAAGGUUCUAGAAGCAGACUAGACAUAGUGUUUGUGUGUCAUCACUGGGGAAUGAAGACAGAGUGUUUAAAGCUCUCUGACUAAGAACUGAAUCUUUCUCACACAUAUUGGAGGGAAUGCUUCCCUUCUCCUUGUAGGCGGAACGUCUGAUUUCAGAAACCGAUAGGGUGCAGCCAGACACUUAGCUCAUGCAUACCUAGCCCUGUCAAAACCAGGGUAGUUCUGAGUGUGCCUGGAGGUGUGUUUUAAAACUUUCGGGCUGAAACACAAAGGGCCUCAAAAGACCAAUAAGUUUUUGCUCUCACAAUUCUGGACUUUGGGUAUAUCUAUGUAUGAAUCCCACUUUGUGCAAGAGCAUUCUUUAAACUGCUGACUAUAAGGACUUAAAGAGCUUUGCUGUUGCAGAGCAGCAUUGUAGCAUGAGGAUUUAAUUCCUUUUAAUUGAACCUAGACAAAAUAUAUGUUGCAGGGAAAAGCAUAGCAUUUCCCAAUGGAUAGUAGGUAUUUAAUUCAAAGCACCAACAUACCUGGAAAUAGAAUUCCCAAAUGUGUCAGUGUAGCAUUCUGAUAGGUUACAAUUUAUUCUUUUGCAUGGCAGUGUGUUAAUAUUUUGGCUGUACUUGUUUUGAUAUACUGGUCUGGCCCACAAUUUCAUGGCUUUUAUUUCUGUGCAUUUUUUUUACUUGGACUUUGAUUAAAUGUAGUUAAUAAAAGUCUCCAUGAUUUUAGCAUCGUAUGAAUAUCAGCUGAGUUGGAUGACUACACUAAUUUACUUACACAAAUUCAGUAUUUUCAAGCCAUGUCUGUAGAAAAUACAGCAAUAUAUGAAGUGUCAUUUUGCUGUUACGGUUCCAGUCACUUUAGUGCACAUAAAUAAAUGCAGGUUUUGAGUGUAAUUUAUUAGUCAUAUAUAGAAUUAAGUGAUCCUGUUUCUUUUAUAAUAGGAUGACUUUUUAUAUUUGGCUGCAAAUCAUACUGGGCUUUUGUUUCAUGGUGUACAUUUCUUCUGGUAUUAUGUAUUUUCCAAUAGUUUUCUUUUUACAUAAUAGUCCUUUCUGAGUAUUUUUAUUUCUUUUACAUUUUCAUGCUGAAUCUUAUUUUUCAGUUUUCUUUCCUCAUCACUAGUUUUUUCCUAAUCCCUAUGGUUUUUUGCCCCAAAUUUCUCUACAAAAAAUUAUCACUAUUUAGCUGUUUAAAAUAAAUAGAUAGAUCUAAUCCAGUCAAUUGACAAUUUUCUUAUAAUAUUUUAACUAAGAAUAGUUUGUGAAAUGAAAAAUCAUAAUCUGAAUCUAUAUAAAAAAUGGAAUAUGGCUUGUUUCUUUGAGGUUUUUUUUUUUAAUAUUAAGAAAAUUGCAUGCUCUUGUGCACACAAAGAUAGGGUCCCGAACAAAGAUUAGUGAAUUGAAUAAAAAAACUUAGAAUUUGUAUUUUUGACUGCUUUGUGAAGUCUACACUGUUUGUGUCUGUCUGCUGCCUAUUCUUCUUUUUAUUUUGGGAACAAAAAUAUUACUUAAAAAUGUAGCUAAACCAGAAGCAAAAUUUAACCAAUAUCUAUUUAAUGUUUUAAUAGUUUUUCCUAAUACAGAGUUAAGAGAUUAUUGUAAAUGUUGGCAAUUAGAGGAUAACUCCCUACAGCUACAACAAACAACAAAUACCUGAGUUUCAGUAGACCAACCUUAUCAACCCAUUCCUUGUCUAGUAAUGUAUUCCUUGAGGUGAACAGCAGAGUGUCCAAUUUACAUCCUUAGCUUUUAAUACUGCAUGCAUUUGACAGUAGGCCUGAUCACAGAUUAACACAAUGAUGUCAAGUCAAAGGACACUGAAAUUUUAUGAAACAUCUAUAUCUUGCCUUUGAGCAGCACACGGUAACUCAAUGAGUAUACCCACUCUGAAUAAAAAAGUGACUGAAAGGAAAGAUUCAGGCAAUAAUGGAGAAUUGCAUGCUAACUUCUCAUUUAGCUUCCUUGAUCUUUUGCUUUUCAUUUAGAUCAAGAUAUUUUGUAUAUUCUAUUACCUGUGAUGUGUAGUUCUUCAUUAGAAAAAAGAACAUUUGCCAAUCACAUACCAAGAGUUGACUCUACAUCUGCCCACUCUUCAAGUACAUUUUUGCAGCAGGUAAAAGAGGUAAAAAUAAUUUUAUGAACAAUAAGGGUAUCUAAACCCAUCAAUGCAACAAAUUUCACUCAACUGUGAAGAGACAUGAAUAUGUUGUGAAAAGAGCUAGUAACAUAUGCUGGCUUAAUGAAUUGUCAGCAGUAUUUAAAAGAUGAACACUUUUCUUCUUUUAUAACAAAUUAACCGAAGAAAGAUUGGUGGAACAAAUAAAUUUAAAAAGAAUAAACAAUGAGAUGGUUUUGCAAGAUUUAAAAAGGGGUGUGUCACCAUUUUAUCUGACUGUAGGGUAUGAUGUGCCUGCUUCUGACCAGAUCAUAAGAGCAACAGUCAUAGUGGCAUGAAUUUGGAAGGGAAGAGCCAAUCAAUAUACAGUAAAACAGAGUCUUGGAUUUGUGCUUCUAGUCUCUGUAUUAUGAAAGGUGGUAAAUAUGGCCUAGAACUUAGCUCUGAAUCUUUUAUUUAACAUUUUGUUUGUUCUGGUGCCUUAGUGCUACAAUCUCUUACUUAGAAUAUUCAUUGACUAAAGCUACACAUAAAUAUGAGAAUGUUUUUAUGAGCAAGUGUCAAUAUGUUUUGGGUGUAGUUUAAGCUUAGCUUUAGAAAAAGAGUGAUCAUUGAAUGGUAGGCAGUGCUGUGAGUCACUGUGAACCCACAGACUGUAGAUGCCAUCAAUCUGUGAACAGUGUAGCAAAGCCAGAUGGAAAAAAAAAUAGUUGACUGGACAUUUUUAAUCUCUACCUCAUGAAAAAAUACACAAAUGAUUGUAUUAAACUCAUGAGUGUUACAAGUUUCAGUACUGGAAAAGGAAUUGAUGAAAUUGAAAAUACGAGUUUGCUGAUCUGAAUUCUCGUGAAGGAUCUAAUACUAGCAAAGGCUCACCUUCAUAAGUCAAACCACAAGUCUUUGUCACUCUUUGAAACAUUUACACAAUCUGCUCAUGAGGAGCAGUAAGUAAAGAUGCUGUAUUUUAGCAACUGAAUUAUGAAACCACCAUGUAUGCCUUUGCAACAAAGUCUCUUGAUAUAAGUUGCAUGAUAUUAUGGUGUAUGUUUUGUUAUUUCCAUCACAUAAGAUGGUUGUGAAACUAUCUUGAACUCUCAUGGAAGCAUUAUAAUGCAAAAUUAUUUUUCCAGUUCUUCCCCGGGCUGCAUGUCGGGCACCAGGGGGCUGCCCAGGCCUAGGUGCAGCGUCUUGCACUUGAUCUUGUUAAAUCUUAUGAGAUUCCCAGGAACCCACUUCUCAAGCUUGUCCACAUCCCUCUGUUUGGCAUCCCAUCCUUCAGGUGUGGCAACCGCACCAUUCAAUUAGUGUCAUCUACAAAUCUGCUGAGGGAGCACUCAUUUCUCUCAUGUAUGUGAUUAUUAAUACAGGUAUUAAAUAACAUUUGUCCUUACAUGGAUUCCUGAAGGACACCACUUGCCACCAAUGUCCAUUGGCACUUUGAGCCAUUGACCACUUUCCUCUGUAUGUGGACAUCCAACAAACUCCUUAUCCAUCUGUCUAUCUUUGAAUCCAUCUCCCUGAAAUUCAGAGAGAAGGAUAUUGUGAGGCAACAAUGUCAAAGACUUUACAGAAGUCCACAUCUAUAGCCCUUUUGUCCGCUAAUGUAGUCACUCUACCAUAGAAACCCACUAGUCUGGUUAGGAAGGAUUUGACCUUGGUGAAGUUAUGCUUCAAAUCGCCUCCCUGUCCUCCAUGUGCCCUAGUAUAGCUUGUUAGGAGUGUCUGAUCCAUGAUAUUCCCAAGAAGAGAGGUGGGGCUGACAGGUUGGCAGAUCCCUGAGUCCUGCUUUCUGUCCUUUUUAAAGAUGUUUCCUUUUCCUCGGUCACCUGAGGCAUCAGCUGACUGCCAUGACUUUUCAAAUAUCUUGAAGAGUAACUUGGCGGCUGCAUCAGCCAAUUCCCUCAGGACUCUGAGAUACAUCUUAUCAGGUCCCAUAGACUAGUGCACAUUCAGGUUCCUCAGGUGGUCAAUGCACUCAAUCUUUUCUUACAGUGGAAAGCAUUUUGCUCCCCCAGUCCCAUCCUGUUGUCCAGACUGCCAUUGAAGACUGGGGCAAGAAAGUUGUUAACUAUAGCUAUAGAAACCCUUCUGUUUAUUCUUUGCGUCCCUUGCUAGGUUCAGUUCCAGCUUUGCCUUGGCCGUCUCAUCUCAUCCGUACUCAACCAAACUGCUUGUCCGUUCUCUUGCCAGGUUACCUGUCCUUGUUCCCACUGCUGUGCAUUUGCUUAUUUCCCUUUAACUUGACCAGCAAGUCCCUACUCAGCCAUACUGGUCUCUUGCCUUUCUUUCCUGACUUCUUUCUCCUGAGGGUUACCAGCUCUUGCACUCUACAGAUUUCCUUAAAGAUCUGCCAGCUUUAUUUCACUGCCUUGUUCCUGAGGGAGGUCUCCCAAGGGAUGCUAACUCCUUAAAGGUUUGCAAAUUUCUUUUCAUAAAUUCCAGGAGCCUAACUUUACUCUUUGCCACAUCCAUAUCCCUCAAGACUGCAAACUCCACCAGCACAUGAUCAGUGCAUUCCAGGUUGCCUCUCAUCUUGAUAUCUCCAUUUAGCUUGCUUAAUCAUGACAUUA